AUGAUCCAUAACUUACCGUCUCACGCUGGACUCUUGUUCAAUACGUCUCCCUCGAUAUUGCUUGCAGGGACUAUGGACCCUGCGUCUGCCUUUGGUUUGGCGACGAAUGUGAUAGCUUUGGUAGACUUCGUCAGUAAACUGGUCUCAAAAAGCUACAAGAUCUACAAUUCAGCCGAUGCCGCCUUCGGGGGAAGCACCGCGCUGCGGGACAUCGCGACGAAUCUGCAGGAACUCAGUCAUGAAGCCGAGUCGCGGUCGACGGGAAACCCGCGCCUUCCCCUCUCCCGUACUGGAUCAUGGUUCUCGUCGGACUUUUUCCCGAAUGUGCCUCGUCUGGAAAUGAAGUCCAAGGCAGACAAGCAGCUGGAGGCUUUGAGUCGGGAGAGCCAGCGCGUCUCGCAGCAGCUUGUGGAUGCAAUUAAGAAGCUCAUGUCUCUGCCCCGGGCGACAAGGUGGGACACGUUCGUCCAGGCGCUGGCGUGUGUCUGGAAGGAAUCCGAGAUACGCGCCCUGGAGGCAGACGUCGAAAGUAUUCGCAAACAGCUCGACACCACGCUGCUUGUGUGCCUGCGACAGCAAGUGGACCGCAUGGCGCUCGAUAGGUCGCGAUCCAAAGACAACGACGUCAAAGACCUCAAGAAAGAGAUACAUGAGUUCAUGGCAGACUGCCAAGCGUGGCAAACCGAUCUCUUCUUCGAGUUGUGCUACAACAACUGGACAACGUCAAGAGAAGAGGAUGUUCACAUGUUCUCCGAUCAAAUGAAGCAGUCCAUCGAGAGGGACAAAGAGGCUCGCUUCAAGAGCCUCAUGUUGCGGCGUCUGUCGUUCCCCGAGCUAGCUAGUCGCGAGCACGAGGUUUGCAACGCGCAUCGCAAGACUUUCGAUUGGCUCUUGUCGAAUGGCCACGACUCAGAGGUGGGAGUGGUCGACUUCAAAGCCUGGCUUCACAGUAGCGACGCCAGCAACUUGUACUGGGUCACCGGUAAGGCGGGCUCCGGGAAGUCUACGCUGAUGAAGCUGAUGCUCCAGGAGCCGCGAACCACGGCGGCGAUCCGUGGUGGAAACUGGGCCAGAGGUCAUGAACUGGUCGUCGCACCGUUCUUUUUCUGGAAUCCGGGAUCCGGCUUGCAGAAGUCGCGAGAGGGUCUACUUCGCACGUUGUUGUACGAAAUCCUUCGCGAACACAAGGACUUGAUACCACAAGUCUUUGAACAAAGGUCCCAGCUCUACGCCGGCCACUCAGUCGAGUUCUGGGAGUGGACUUGGCCCGAGCUGAGACGCGCCUGGGAACGAUUGUUCUUGGAUACGUCCCGGAGGUACUUCUUGCUGGUGGACGGGCUAGACGAACUUGAUGGCACCCAGGAGAAGACCAGAACGAAAGAGACCCAUGAAACUAUCGAGCUCAUGACCAUGGCGGCAAAGCUGCCACACGUGAAGAUUUGUGUAUCCAGUCGGCCCUGGCUGGUGUUCGAAGACGCUUUCAAGGAGCGACCGAGCCUUACCAUGGAAUACCUCACUCGACCGGAUAUCACCUCAUACGUCUCGGACUGCUUCGGAGAGAACGAACACUUUUACAAGCUCGAGAAACAGAAUGCCGAGUUUGCAUCUCAGCUAAUCACCAACAUCGUCGAUAAGGCCCUGGGCGUCUUCCUAUGGGUCGAUCUAGUCGUCAAGUCGCUUUUGACAGGACUGUCGAACUCUGACCGCAUAACUGACCUGCAGCGACGCCUCGACGAGCUGCCGUCAGAGCUCGAGGCUCUUUUCGGCAGGAUGUUAGGUAGCCUGGAGCCGUUCUACCAGGUACACGCGUUCCAGUUGUUCCAAAUCAUCGAAGCAUACAACGACAUCGUGACAGAACGGGUCAAAAGCGACGAGUCUCUUCCCCUGACACUGCUGGCAUUGUUUUUCGCCGACGAGGAAGAUCCUAUGACAGGCAUAAGAGCAUCAGUUGGUGCGCUAAGCCUUGAACAGUCGAAUGAUAGAGAGGAGGAUAUGCGUCGACGACUAAACAGUCGGUGCCGGGGUCUCCUUGAGGCCACUGAGACGGCUUCAGAAGAAGACGCAAUAGCCCCGAGGGUCCGUUUCCUAUCGCGUCGCGCCCAGCACGGCAGUGCGGUCAGGUACUUGCAUAGGACCACCAGGGACUACAUUCGAAAUCCCACAACGUGGGCCAGGAUAGUUGCCGCCACGGGACCCUCGUUCGACCCAUACCGAUGCAUCGCUAACUCGUUGCUGAUGCAGCUGAAGAUCACGAACAUGGAGACCACCGUGUUGAGCCAGUUCCGUACGGCUAUCGCGAACUGCUGCUAUACCAUUGGGCUUGUCGAAUCGGAAGGGGCAGAGUACACCACAAGGUACCUGGACGAGACGGACAGGGCAGCAAACAUGCUCAUGCGGGCAUCCCUGGCGACCAACCCUGCUUUCAAAGCCGCACAGAGGCAGAAGACCAGGAAGCCCAACUGGAUCGAGCUGUACACCUCAUACAGCGUGGUUUCGCUCGUCGACUACGGAGUUGGCAAUCCUAUCGACUUUGUGAACCUCGGCUACGGUGACACGGAGGCGGGACUGCAGAUCGAGGCCGCCCUGUCAAACUAUGCAUGUUCCAAGGUCCAGGCCAUGGCGCCCCUCGAUACAGCGGCGGCCGUCUGGUGGAUGGGCAAGUGCGACAGCAAGGAGAUACAAGAAGCCAUCAAGACAGCAUGUCCUGGGGUCGUCAGCGCCCACAGGCGGAUGGACAGGAAAGCUAAGAGAUGGCGAUGGGCGCGUACCCUGAAACCAAGGUGGAUUAGGCUCGGAAGUUGA